AUGGGUUCCAUUAACCAGGAAAGGCCUAGGCUAGUUAAAUGUGUAUUUUCAUCACGGCGUUUUCUUGUUGAAGCAUUGUCAAAGGCUCGUAAACUGCGUGUUAUACCUGCGUAUAAAGAUGUAUAUAUCCGCAAAUCAAUGACGCCGGACGAGCGCAAAAAAGAGAGUGAGCUAAGAGCUCAGGCCCGUGAAUUGAAUCAGAAGGAACACAACGAAUCCUGGCUUAGCAGUAAAAUUUCGGAUUCCGAAUUGAGCGCUGAUCUCCCCUACUCGGUCCUUAGGAAAGAUAGAUCAACCCGGAAGGGUGGUGGUGUGUGCGCAUUGAUUCACAGCCUUGUGCAAUAUGAAAAAGUCUCCUUCAACUACCAGGACAUGAUAUCGGAUGUGAUGUGCUUUGACAUCUUGCUGCCAACACGGCAUCGAUUUAUCCUGGUCUAUCGCCCCCCGAAUUCUGUAAAUGCCCAAGACGAGACCCUCUUAUCCGUCAUAUUCGAUCUCGCCGCAGCCGUGCCAUUCGGCACUACUGUGUUGGGAGAUUUUAACUUAGACAUCGAUUGGCACAACUACACAGGGGGGUCUCCCAGUGCUGAAAGAUUUUUAUCGAUUUUCGAUGCCCUGUCACUGCACCAAUUCGUCGACUUUCCAACCCGGCAAGAAAGAAUAUUAGACAUAGUCCUCUCCCCUCUAGAUAGCAUCACCCAGAUUCAUCCCUUACCUCCAUUAUCCUCGUCCGAUCAUAACAUAGUUGUGUUCUCCUUAGCCCACAAACAGCAAAAGGAGGCAACAAUUAUGUUGAGGGAUUUCCACCACAUGGACAAAGAUGCCGUAGCAAAUCAUCUCCGAAGCAUUAACUGGAUGUCAGUAUUUUCCAACUAUGUAAGCAUGGAUGAUAUAUAUGCAAGGUUUUGCAACGUUAUUCAUAAUGCUAUUGAAUCUUACGUCCCGGUUAAGCAUAUUACAGUGCAGAAAAGGGAUUAUCCUAGACACAUAAUGAACUUAAUCAAGCAACGUGAAAGAAUUUUCAACAGCUCACUCAAUCCAACGAAGUCAGUAGAUUUUUUUGAAGUUAGCAGAAAACUCGACUACCACCUCAAGCGCUUUCUAGCCUAUAAAGUUAAAAAGUUGGCAGAAAGAGGCAACCUAAAAUACUUAGCUGCCUAUGCGAAAACAUUUCUUAAGCAAGGACCAGUCAUGCAUAUUCUCGAAGGGCUAAAUGGUGAAAAGUACAUAACAGAUGAGGAUAAAUCGGAAGCUCUCGCGGACUACUUUGAAAGCGUUUUCGUUCCAGAUUCCGGGGACUACCCGAGUCUUCCCCCCAUCACCAACAAGUGUUUCGAAUUCCCAAUCGUCACCCCGCAAACCGUUUGCAAACUCUUACGAUCCCUCAGGCCUGGAUUUUCCUUAACAUCGGAUGGCCUACCACAAUUCUUUUUCAAAGUGUUCGCAGAAGAGCUAUCCGAACCUCUUACUCAUAUGUACAACAUCUCCCUUCUCCUUGGACAGGUCCCAUCUAUAUGGAAGCAUGCGAUAAUAACUCCUAUCCCCAAGGCAAAAGACUCUAAGCUCAUUUCCAGCUUCAGGCCCAUAAGCAUUUUGCCCACUCCACUCAAAAUUCUAGAGAAAAUUGUCAAAAACUGCUUACUCGCAUGGGUACUGAAACUUCAGUGCAUUCCGCUUGAGCAGCAUGGUUUCCUCCCUGGCUCCUCCACUUGCACACAGCUCAUAGACUGCACUCAUUCCUGGAUUGAAGCGCUCAACUCCGGGCAA